AGCUGAUCUUGGUCAUUGAACUCGUAUGCACAAAGUAUUCAAAAUCAGACUAUUGUUCACAAGACCGCGUGCACAGAUAGUGAAAGUCAUACCUAAGAUUAGUGAAAGGAAGAAGAUUUUCCAAAAGAUUCGAGCAUACACUGAAAGUGGUUAUUUCUAAAUCUGUUGGACAACAAGAUGGAAAGUUGCUUAGAUUAUUUGGGGAAGUCAUCUGUGGAGAAAUUCACAAAGGGGGCAUUAGCGCAAUUACGUAGUGUAUAUUGCUUUACAUGCAUUUCUAAUGAAUUCAAAGAAGAAAAGUUUGCACUGGAAGGAGAAAUAAAAGCAUUUGAGAGUCUUUCAGAUGAUGAACGUUUUUUGGCUAAAGAUUACAUUCCUUUUCCAAGUAGAGAGCUAAAAUACAAAGAGUUGCUCGAGGCGCUCAAAGAUGAUAACAACAAUAUAAUCGGAUUGCAAGGGAUGGGUGGCAUCGGAAAAACAACAUUAACCAAAAAAGUUAUUAAAGAACUAACGCAAUCUGCACAAUUCACUCAUGUCAUUGAUAUAAAGAUACCGUUUACGUCAAAUGUAAAAAAAAUUCAAGAUGACAUUGCUCGAUGUUUAAAAAUAAAUUUUGAGGGUUGUAUUGACUCAAAACGGUCCGAAACACUAUUGAGCGAAAUAUAUAAGAAUGAUGAGAAAAUUCUGCUAAUAAUGGAUGAUGUGUGGUAUCAAGAGCCACCUCUUGAUUUUGAUCUAAUAGGAAUUCCAAAACAGGACAAACACAAAGGUUGCAAAGUUCUUAUAACCACACAGAGUAAACAAUGGUUGCAAUGUGAUAAGAUGAUUGAGUUGAAGCUCUUAUCUGAAGAAGAAUCAUGGAUCAUGUUUAAGACGUAUGCCGAUAUAAGAAUUAGUUCUUUAUCAAAAAAGUUGAUCGAAAAGAGUCGUAAAAUUUCCAAGGAAUGCAAACAGUUACCGAUUGCAAUUGCAGUUAUCGCCAGCAAUUUAAAGAGCAACCAACAUUCUAAUAAGUGGGAUGAUACCUUAAAAUCCUUGAAGAAACAUGUGGAAAUGGACGAUGUUGAUGAGGAAAAGGUUGGAGUUUAUCAAUGUUUCAAGUCUAGCUAUAAAUAUAUAUGGGACAAAAAAGCCAAGGGGUUGUUCCUCUUAUCUUCUUUAUUCCCAUUAGAUAUGGAUAUCCCUGUUGAAAUUCUAGUUAGACUUAGCUUUGGAACGAGGCUCUUUGAGGAAUCUUAUGACAAGUACAAUAAUGCUCGAGUUGAAGUAUAUGCAAUUAAAAAUAAACUCAUUGAUUCGUGUUUGUUGUUGAGGGUCACUGAUGGACAUGUAAAAAUGCAUGAUUUGGUUCGUGAAAUGGCUCAAAGGAUAGCAAACAAUGAGAUUCAAAGUGUAAAUUUUUCUGACAAAGAUAAAAAAUCAUCACUUGAAAGGAAAAAAGAUAUUAAAUAUUUAUUUUGUAUAGGGAAGGACAAGGAUUUAUUUUCCUGUGAGUAUGAUGGUUCCAAACUUCAGAUUCUAGUUGUUGACAUGGAAAGCGAUGAAGAUACUAAAUGUAUGGAAGUUCUAGAUUCUUUCUUUGAAAAUAUUGCCAAGCUUCAAGUUUUGUAUGUUUUAGGUCAUGAAAACCGAGCCUUAUCAUUACCAAAAUCAAUUCACUCAUUGGCCAAUAUUCGAUCUAUAUUGAUUGAUGGAGUUGAUUUAGGUGACAUCUUAGUUUUGGGAAAUUUGGAUAGUCUUGAGACUCUUGAUUUGGAUAAAUGCAAAAUCAAUGAAUUGCCACAAGAAAUUGCAAAUUUCAAGAACUUUAGAUUUCUACACUUGAAAGAAUGUAAAAUUGGAAGUGGUGAUCCCUUUGAGGUUAUUAAAAAAUGCUCAACACUUGAAGAGUUGUACUUCAUUGAUAGUUUUAAUAAUUCUUGUCGAGAAAUAACCUUACCACAAUUGAAAUUGAAAAGGUAUCGUAUUGGUAAAAAAUGGCAGUGGAGUAGGGAUAAUGAGUUACUAUCAAAAUGUGUGGCUUUUACUGACCAUGAUUAUUUUCUUUCGAAAGAAACAUAUAAGUAUUGCAUGCAAACAUCAGACGGUCUUCAACUAAAUGGAAUUUCAAUUAAGGUGGGAUGGAGAAAUCUCAUACCCGAGAUUGUUGAUAUACAUCAAGGUAUGAAUGAUCUUGUUGAGCUUCAUAUGAGAGAAAUUUCACAAUUAGAGUGUCUCAUUGACCUAGUUGGUUUUCAAGAUCUAAAAGUAUUGUCCAAGUUGGCUGUACUAAAACUAGACGAAAUGAAAAAUUUGAAACUACUAAUCAAUGGUUCCCUUUCUUUUGAAUCUUUGAUGCAUUUGGAGGAGCUAUCAAUAAAUUGUUGUAUAACGCUUGAAAGAUUGUCUAAAUCCCAGCUAAAUCUCUGCAAUCUAAAGAAAGUGACACUUCGGAAAUGCCAAAUGUUGGAUAACCCCUCUUCAUUGUUAACUUCUCGGAAGAUGAAACUGCUAGAGAAAUUGGAAAUAGUUGAUUGUGAGAAAUUGACAAAGAUAAUUGAUGAAAGAGGAGAGAAGGAAUUAGGACAAGAAAUAAAUAACAGUUAUAAUGAUAACAAGAAAGAUGUCUCAAUGUUUCCAAACCUAAAAUUUCUUUUUCUUGAAGGAUGUCAGCUAUUGGAAUCAAUAUUUCCUUUACUCUCCUCUCAAGACCUUCCAGUACUAGAAGAUAUAACAAUAAGACAAUGUGAUAAGCUCAAAUACAUAUUUAGAAAAUGUCAACAUGUUGAAUUGGGUUCACUAAAACAUAUAUUUCAUUGGCAAUUCCCAAAAUUGAAAACACUUUUUGUGCAAAAUUGCAACAAAUUGAAAUACAUAUUUAGGCACCAUGUUGAUGACCAUCAAAACCACAAUGGAAUUCACCUCGAUCUUCAAGCAUUACAACGUCUCCAUCUUUGCUAUCUGCCAGAUUUACUUUACGUAUAUCCGAACAAAUUUCGCACAACAAUUCCACAUUUGAAAGAACUUCAACUAAAAGAAUGCUUUCUGGCUAAUGCAAAUACUGAGUUCCUUAAGAUAUGGAAACGUGCUCAAUGCCUUCCAUUACAAGCAAAUAUCACGCGUAAUGUUAAAGAGAUGACAUUGUAUGGUGUUUCAAACAUAAAAUCUAUGUUUAUGCUUUCUAUUACUUCAAGAAUGUUGGUGGAAACUUUGAGAAUUCAGAACUGUGAUGAAUUGAAGCACAUAAUAGUAGACAUUGGAGAUGAUGAUGAAUGUGGUUUGAUUAAUUGGGUCAAUGUCUUCCCAAAACUGAAAAAGUUUAACGUUCAAAAUCGUGGGCAAUUAGAAUACAUAUUUGACCACUACACUGAAGGCCAUCGAUACGACAAUGAGAUCCACCUUCAUCUUCCAACAUUAGAAUCUCUUGAACUUGAAGACCAUCAAUACAACAAUGAGAUUCACCUUCAUCUUCCAAGCUUACAAUCUCUUGAACUUUGCAAUCUGCAAUGUUUAGUAGCCAUGUGUCCUAACCGAUAUCGCACAACAUUUUCAUCUUUGAAAGAACUUAAACUCGUGAAAUGCUCUCUAGACAUAUACAAUAUAAUCAUGAAGGAUUUGAGUGGGAGCAUGGAACAUGGUAAUGCUUUAGAAAGUCCCGUGGUACAUAAUUUGCAUGAUAUGGCUUGCCUACAAAACCUGACACAAGUAACAAUUGUGGAGUGGGAAAGAAUGGAAAUAGCUUUCUCUACUUCUAUUUUUCGAUGCCUAUCACAAUUGGCUUAUCUAAGAAUAGAAAAUUGCAAAGAGUUGAAGCAUAUCAUCCAAGAUGACAGGCAGAUUCAAAAUUUGUCCAAUAUAACAUGCUUUCCAAAGCUAAAAAUGCUUGUUAUAAUAAAGUGUCACAAGUUAAAAUGUGUCUUUUCGGUCUCCAUAUGCAAAGAGCUUCCUAGGUUAGAGACUUUGAUAAUAAAUGAAGCAAAUGAGUUGGAAGAAAUAUUUAAAAGUGAAGGUGACCAAAAAGUAGAGAUACCAAAUUUAAAGAUUGUAGUACUUGUUGACUUACCAAGACUCCAAACACAAGAAAAACAAUUUCAGACAACAAAAAAUCGUUUAGUAAAAAAUUGUCCAAAACUCUCCUUUGAUUCAACCACAUAUCCUUUUGUCUGGAGAGACAUUAAAAAAUUUUCUUUUGAAUUCGAAGGUACACACUAUACCUGUUACUUUUUAUAA